AUGAUGUUCGGUGUAUUGAUUGAAGAAGAUAAGGACCAAAAUUCUACAGAUUUUAAGAAAUUGGCUUUGGGCGCAACAGGCGGCAGAUUUGAUCAAGCAAUGUCACAUAUUAAUUAUUUACAUCAAUUGAAAAAUCAACAUCAAAUAUAUUUAUUAUCAAAUGAAAAUAUAAUUUUUUUACUAGAUAAGGGAAAGCAUCAAUUAUUUUGUGAUAAAAAUAUUGAAGGUCCAACUUGUGGAUUACUUCCAAUUGGUGUAGAGGCUGCUGUCAUUACCACAACAGGCCUAAAAUGGAAUCUUGAAAAUACUUCCACUUCUUUUGGAAAAUUGGUAAGUACUUCAAAUCACUUGGAAGACGAUAUUAUAACGAUCGAAACUGAUUCACCAAUCGUAUGGACUGUAGAACUUAAUCAUCAAAGUUUUUAA